AUGGCUCCCACGUCCCAUGGAAUAGCCGGACCGAAUGGCCGUGAGACUUUUGCAAAUGGCUCUCUAAAUGGUAACAGCAAUGGCCCACCACCGUCCACUCUGGCAGCUCAAUUAGUAGAAAACAUCUCGGCUUCGACGCGUUCCUCUCGGCCGGAUGAGACAGCCGAGCUAAAGAGAUUCUUCGGAAUCAUCGAGGAGGUUAAGAAUCAACCCGAUAUAUUGAAAACUCCAAAAGAACGAAUGGAGCACAACCAUAUGUUGAUUUAUGUAUAUACUCGAGUCGUUCUGGAGACUUUAAGGUGGGAUGACCCCUUUGCCGACAGGAUUCAGCUACGCGCAGAUGCGUCAAGAGCUGUCGACUUUCUCAAAAUCACUAUUAGAGAGACUCCGGAUGUCCUUUCUGCUAAAUCCGAACCGGGCUUGUUCCUCUUUAGGGGGGAUGAACCUCUUUGGUUAUGGAUCUUUCCAAAAGUCCUGAAGAUGCUUGGCAGUGGUUAUUGCACUGACCUGAGAGAUGAGAUCGACCUAUUUUUUCGUGAUGUACUGCUUAUAGCAUCCCGUACGGGAAGCCAGUGGUCGCUUUUACCACAGUUUCUUGCAUAUUUUAGAUCAAGCUUUAACGCUAUAAUUAACUACUUCAAAGAGCUAAAGUCUCCUUCUGCAAACCGAGAUGUUCCUGUUCAAUUACAGCUGCCUCCAGAUUGGUUCCUAGCGUCGAUCGCCGAUGGUGAGCUAAAGCCACUUCUACAGCAAUGCACAUACGAUAUAGCAUUAGCAUCGCAUGCUCUGCACCAUGCGUCUGGUCUCUUGUCGAUCAUGGCAAUGCCUUUGCUGCAUCACUCUUCGGAAUUUGACAUCGUGUCCUCUUUCCAAGAGUACAUUCCAUGGCUUUUUGAUGCGUACUUUCACCUCCACGAAACCCAGGUUCAAUGGCGGUCCACGUUGCCUGGUAUCCUGCCUCUAUUCUUAGAGAACAGCUUGCAAUUUCUUGACGUACUUGAAGCUGCAAGCAGCGUUGAUUCCUGUGUCGAGCAAAAAGUGUCAACUUCAUUGGUCCUCCUCUGCAUGGAAAUGUCGACUCAAUCUUUAGGGGUUCUCAUAGCCGAUGGGCAAGGGAACUCGGACUACAAAUUACUUUGCCUAUCUCUGGCUAGAGUGGCUAAGUCUUGCCUACACUCAAAACCAAUCUCACGCCUCGUCACGUCGCAACUGAUCCCCGCGUUAGAGAAACCGAUCAUAGGUAGUGAAGCUCAUAUAGCCGAGACCGAUUUUUGGAGAUGUCUAGAGCUUCUCCGAAAAGUUGUCACUGAUCCUGUGCCUACGUCAUUAGGUGCCGAGAUACGGCCUGACAAGUUUUCGGACGAAGGCCUUCGCCAGCAGGUCAAUAGGCUGAAUAUGGAACCUAAUGACGUUACAGACGCAGAACGACAAUCAAAACGCAGGAAGGUGUCGGCCAAUCUGUCGUCGCUUCGGACAGUAACCACGCAGCUUCACCACCUCUUAGGGACGGAUCCUGGAACGAAUUUUGUUGAUUUGAAAGCUGUAUUAGAAAAUAAAUUCCAGAAACUUCCCGAAGCUGAAGUGUGUCGAAUUAUUAGCCUUCUCGGGUACGUCUGCUGUGCUGCGGAUGACACUCUUUCGAUUCAUGGUAAAGAGGAUGAUGGAACCAUGUGGCUCGACUGCCGGCAUUGUCAGACUCAGAGCCCAAAUCACGCACCACUCUGCCUAGACCUUGUGGCGAAACGAGCAAUUCAAGAGAUAUUCGCUUCCCUGGUUCAAUUACCUGUCUUUCUUGAAUCGCGAAAGCCACGUGUAACUGCGAUGACUGCUAUAAGACGCAUUGCAAAACAUUGUAUCGACUCCGAAUUCCUGGACAUAGAGGUUUCUGUGAUUGCACAGUGGUGCUUAAAGUCACUUCAGAGUUCCGUCAGAGAGCUCCGCAUUGCUUCUGGACGUACCGUCGCAACGUUCUUAUCUGGACAGAAUCAGUCGGGCGCUACUUCAAAGAUCGUGCAAAAAAAUCGAGCGAAUGUUCUUAGCAUACUUCGUUCACUCUCAGAGCAAGCCUUACCUCAGCUAACGGAGACCUGUAUCUUAGCUUGGUCUCAUGUCGGAAGUGUUAUAUUUGAUGACCAGUUGAAUCUGGUACUGGUAAAACUUGUUGAAUAUCUUGGCUCUGAAAGUAUAAUCACGUCAGCGGCUGCGUUUGCCGAGAUAGUGAAACUUGCCCGCUCUCGAGGCAUGACCACACGGCAGUUUUUUGAACCAUUUUGGAGAUUUUUAGCAUUCUCGGCAACAAAGGACCUUACUUCUCGACCGAAGCUGACUCGAUUACUGGCAGAGUUGCUAGAUAUGACUAUUGCGGAAUUGCUGCUUUACUUGCAAAAAUAUGCCUUGCCCUGGCUUGUACUCACGAAAAAACGAGAUGUCAUUCAGAGAAUCGCCGAAGCUAGAAACGAGGAAGAAAUAUGGCGUCCUUGCCUCGACGAGAGUAAUCUAGGCCCAAUAUUAGCUCUUCUGCUAACUCAGGACGCCCCUGAUAUUCAGCAAUAUUGUAUGGACUUGCUGGGAAAUAUCUCUCCUCAUCUUAACCAAUCAGGGGGUCUUCUAGAACUAUUGCGAAUAGAGCCUAUCGGGACUACCUUGGAGCUUCUGAAAGCAGCAGGCGAUGCUGAUGAAGACCGCAAAACCCAUAUUUUUGGUGUGCUGAAUAAGGUAGCAAGCUUAAUGUUGAAAGGAAGUGGGGAAUUAAAAUCGAAAAAGGUUCACGCAUCAGGCCCCUUUCUACAGAGGUACGCUCUAGCCCUAAUGGCUGGGCUAACCCAAGCUAUCAACGACGUAUCAAAUAGGACCCCAUCACAGGAGCGUAAACGCCACAUAAAAGCCAUGGAGGAGAUGAUUCGGAUAGGGAAACACUAUAUUCGUAUUGCCCGACCGCAGAUUUCCGCUUGUCUUCAGGCGGCCAUGUUAUACGAUGAUCUUCGCUCUGCGGCUUUUUCAUGUUGGGCUACCAUGCUCCUUUACCUAGAGGAUGUCGAAGCUCUCAUCGAAACGACGUUUUUCCUUAUCAGCCAUUAUUGGUCUUCGUUUGAUGAAGAAACGCAGAAACGUUCCCGAGAUUUGAUCGAAUCUCUGUUAGAAAAGGAGGGUUCUUUCUUGGAAGCAACUAUAAGCAAGCUACCGUCUUUCAGCCACAUUAAUUAUCUAUCCGAUAUAGAAGGGAAACUCAGCAAACUUCGUCAGCCCGUCGAUAGCAGAACAGCGUUCUCUUUGCUGGCAGAAAGAAUAAGUCAUGAAAACGACGGAGUUGUCCUGCUUGCUUUGAGGGAGCUUGCAUCCUAUUUGCAGAGACAGCAAGAAUACCUACAAGCAUCUGCCGUAAGCGAACAGCCCGACUCGGUUGUAUCUACUCUCGCUCGCUCACUUCUUGAUUGCUCGUCGAGAUUUAACGGCAUUCAUGGUGAAAUUAGCGACCUCUGUAUUCAAUGUUUAGGUUUAGUGGGCUGUCUCGAUCCAAACCGCGUAGAGACGGUUCGCGCCGAAAGACAGAUGGUCGUCAAAAGCAACUUCGAGCAUUCGGAAGAGACUACUGACUUUGUGGUCUAUUUACUAGAGGAGGUGCUUGUCAAGUCGUUCCUCUCUGCAACUGAUACGAAGCUACAAGGCUUCCUCUCAUAUGCUAUGCAAGAGCUUCUUGAAAGGGCCGACAUCAAGGUUGCGGUGCAAAUGGAGGGGUCAAAAGAUGCAGCCCCUAUCUAUCGAAAAUGGCUCUCGAUGUCCGUGACUGCUCGGGAGGUGCUAAUACCUUUUCUGACUUCAAGAUACGUUGUCCAACCAAUGGCGCCACAGCAGACGGAAUACCCAAUCUUCAGGCCUGGUAAAACGAGAUAUGCCAACUGGAUGCGGAGCUUUACUCUCGACCUUAUGCGUAAACCGCAAGCUCCAUUUGCCGAACUCAUUUUUGAGCCUCUAUGCCGAGUUAUUCGGAUCAAAGAUCUGUCCACUGUGGAAUUUCUUUUUCCAUACGUAACUCUUCACAUCGUGGUCGGUGAAGAUACUACGAAAGAGCAGCGCUUAAAUGUGCUAAAUGAAUUGCUCAAUGUGCUCCGGCAUGAAGUGCCAGAUAAUUCAAGUUACGAAGAGAGGGAAAACCAAAAAUUGUAUUGUGAGGCUGUGUUUCGAUUCAUUGACUAUGCCAUGCGCUGGCUGCAGCUGAAGAGGGCCGGGGGUAACCUUGGUCCUCGGGACGUGGCGGCAAUGGAGAUGCUGCAAGGCUUGCUUGACUCUAUCCCUGCUGAAUUAAUUUCGCAACGAGCUGUUGACUGUAAAGCUUACGCGCGAGCCUUAUUUCAUCUCGAGCGACACAUUCGUCAAGUAGAUGAAGAGAAGACAGGCACUGAGGAGAGAGACCGACUACUUCAAAGACUCCAAGACAUAUAUACCCAAAUAGAUGAGCCGGAUGGACUGGAGGGUAUAUCUGCACACCUACAUGUACUCGACGUCAAUCAACAGGUUCUGAGUCACCGAAAAGCCGGGCGAUGGGCAGCAGCACAGACUUGGUAUGAGAUCAAGUUGGCGGAGGAUCCUGAUAAUGUCGAAAUUCAGAUCGAUCUUCUGACCUGUCUCAAGGAAUCGGGACAACACGACGUUCUCUUAAACUAUGUCGAAGGUAUCGAGAAGCAUACUGGUGUCGCGACAAUUAAUCGGAUAGUUCCCUAUGCUGUCGAAGCUUCUUGGGCGACAGGAAGAUGGCGGACCAUGGAAAAAUUCAUUACGAAGUAUCAGGGAGACCGGACAGAAAACUUCAACGUUUCCAUUGCACAAGCUCUCCUUUACUUGAGAAAGGGUUGGACCAAAGCCUUCGUCGAUGAAAUGAGAAUUUUGAGAGACAGAGUCAACGCCUCUAUGAACUUCUCAAUUACGUCGUCUUUGCAAGCUUGCCACGAGCCGAUGUUAAAAUGCCACGUAUUAACCGAUCUGGAAUUGAUUGCUGGUAUUAACAACGAUGGUAAUCAACACCCCCAAGAGGUUUUAAAGACACUCAAUAGACGCCUUGAAGUUCUCGGAUCGUAUGUCAACGAUAAGCAGUUCGUGUUAAGCAUACGGCGCGCAGCCAUGGAGCUGAUGCGACCAAGAUUUGGUGAUUUUGAUAUAUCGGCCCUUUGGCUGUCUAGUGCUCGACUAGCAAGAAAGACGAAUUCUACGCAUCAAUCAUUCAAUGCGGUACUCCAUGCCUCUCAGCUUGGCGACGAUUCCGCGACCAUCGAAAAUGCCCGGUUACUAUGGAAAGAAGGACAUAACAGAAAGGCUAUACAAACCCUCAAAAGCGCCAUCGACAGCAAAGCAUUCACGAGCCAGAGCUUUAUGGAACACGAGUCAUCCGAGAAGAAUCUUGAAUCACAGCAGAAUAUGUUGACUGCGCGUGCUCAAUUGCUUCUCGCAAAAUGGCUUGAUAGUGCAGGCCAGACGCAUGCAACCGCACUACGAGAGCAUUACCGGAGUGUCCCAAAAAACUACGGCACGUGGGAAAAGGGCCACUAUUAUCUCGGCCGACAUUAUAAAAAAGUACUCGAAUCCGAAAGAACGUUAAAGCCGGACGACCAGAGCGACGAAUACCUGACUGGGGAGACGGCUAAACUCGUGAUCGAGAACUACAUGAGAUCAUUAAACUACGGAGUCAAAUACCUCUAUCAGACCCUUCCCAGAGUCUUGACUCUCUGGCUUGAGCUUGGUGCCCAAGUCAACAAAGCACCAGAAGGCAAAAUUUCGCUUUCGAAAGAGCUUCAUCAUCGUCGUAAGAUACAGCUUGAAUCACUGCACAAAUACCUCAACAAAUGCAUUUUUCGACUACCUGCGUAUAUUUUCUACACGGCCCUACCUCAACUUGUGGCUCGUAUCGCGCAUCCUAACAUGGAGGUCUUCAUGCUACUCGAGGAAAUCAUAUUCAGAGUUGUCGAAGCCCAUCCGCGACAGGCUUUAUGGAGCUUAUUUGCCGCCACGACUUCUCGACAAACUAAUCCAGAACGGAGAGCACGUGGCCAUCGGAUGAUGCAGAAGAUCAGAGAUAGGAGUAAGAAGGUAGAAAGUGGAUCGAUGGAAUUGAAGACCCUACUGCGCAUGGGUGAGAAGCUGGCAGAGCAGCUCCUCCUUGCUUGCAAUAACGGGGAUUUCCAGAGCAAUAGAACGACAACAGCAAGCAUCACCCGAGAUCUGAAUUUUAACCACAAAUGCACGCCAUGUCCCCUUGUCGUCCCAAUCGAGAUCUGUCUUACAGCCACGCUCCCUACUCUCACGGACAACGUCAAGAAGCACAAAGCGUUUUCUCGAGAUGUCAUCCUAGUCCAGUCAUUUUUGGACCAUGUUUUAGUGCUGGGCUCCCUAGCUAAGCCUCGAAAGCUUACGGCUCGCGGAUCCAACGGAGUGAACUACGGCCUCUUGAUCAAACCAAAGGACGAUCUCCGCACAGAUCAACGUCUUAUGGAGUUUAACGGGAUGAUCAACCGAUCAUUGAAACGAGAUGCCGAGUCUAGUAGGAGACAGCUUUACAUUAAAACUUAUGCUGUCACGCCGCUGAACGAGGAGUGCGGUAUCAUCGAGUGGGUUGACGGACUUAAAACACUCCGGGAUAUUCUACUUAAUAUCUAUCGAUCUCGCGGGAUUGUGCCUAAUUAUCAACAUCUCGCACAGAUGAUGAAGGAUGCCGCCUCGGGAGACAAGAAUACUGCGAUCUUCUCGGAAAGGGUAAUCGGGAUGUUCCCACCAGUGCUACCUAAUUGGUUCAUUGCGCAAUUCCCGAACCCUUCGGCCUGGUUCGCAGCCCGACUUAGGUAUACGAGAUCGUGUGCUGUCAUGUCAAUGGUUGGUACGAUCUUGGGGCUUGGUGAUCGCCACGGCGAGAACGUGCUUCUCGAAGAAGGCAAUGGCGGCGUUUUUCAUGUGGAUUUCAACUGCCUCUUCGACAAGGGCCUCACAUUCGCGCAACCCGAGCGAGUACCAUUCCGCUUAACUCACAACAUGGUAGCAGCUAUGGGUAUCUACGGAUAUGAAGGACCAUUCAGACAAUGCUCGGAGUUAACAUUGAGCAUUUUGAGGCAGCAAGAGGAAACACUAAUGACGAUUCUAGAAGCGUUCAUCUACGACCCGACACUGGACCUACAACGAGACAAGCGUAAGAAGAAUGAAGUAGUCAAGCUCAAUCCACAGAGCGUUGUGGAUAGUAUCAAGAGGAAGGUACGGGGUUUGCUACCAGACGAAAGCAUCCCACUGGGAGUUGAAGGACAAGUGGAAGAACUGAUCAAACAGGCGGUCAACCCAAAGAACCUGACGGCUAUGUAUAUUGGAUGGUGUCCUUUUCUCUGA